AUGUGGCACGCGCCUGUCACACCACGCGGGACAGAGCUGCGCGCGCUGCGGGACGCGGGUCGUGACGUGGAGCACUAUUUUCAGGAAGUGCUGUCGGCGUUUGAACAGCGCGCGGACCAGAGCGACGCCCUGAGCGGCCGCCUGCUCCAGCUCUACCAUCAGAUCGUGGCUGACACAGAGCCGUCGUCCAGCGGAGCCCCGAGCGACUGCCCCCUGCCCAACCCGGACAUGAGCUUCUACCUGUGGACGGAGGAGCUGGACAUCUGGCGGGAGUUGUCCAAGUGGUUUCGCACCAGCUCCUCCUCAGAUUCGUUCUCCACGAGCCAAGACCAGGACCAGGACCGGGACCAGGACCAGGACCAGGACCAGGACCAGGACGACUUCGACCUCGGAGAUUCGCCGCUGGAGUUGCCUUCGGACAUGGCGCGUUUUUCUGUGAUGUCCAACGACUCCGGGAUCGAGCGAGACCUCCCUCUGAGCGCCGAGCUGUGCUUGGGCGGAGCUGAACACGGAAAGAGGUGUGAGGUGUCCGUGUGCUAUAAGACCGACAGCUCCUCGGACUGGACGCUCCGCAGACCCAGGCCGUCGCCGCAGAUCCAGCCCCUGCACCCGACCUUCUGCUCGCUCUUGUGCCUGCCCAUCGUCACCUUCAGCGGGGCGCUCCCCUGAGACGGACCUGGGAAACCGACGUGUGUUUUUAGGCAAAGGUUAAAACGCCGUCGAGUUUUUUUUUUUUUAAACGAAAUCCCUUGAAAUGUAAAGUAUGAACGAGGUCAGAUGUAAAUGUGUAAACUGUGUACAUAAACUCUAAAUGAGCUGGAAAACGUUUGCACAAGGUGUCUGUUUUCACUGACAUUAAAAUAUUUGUCUCCACGGCG